AUGAUUCAAACCCGAAUGAAACCCUACAUCUUCGCUUAUCCUUCGCAAAUUGCCACCACGCCACCUCCACUUACCGGCCGCCACUACACCAUCCCUACUCGUCACCGCCGCUCCACCAUCCCUAAUCGCGGGCCUCCGCUUCACGGAAGGUUGCUGAGAAGUGAGAACGACGCGCUUCUUGUUUACAAAAUCGACAUCGAAGCUGUAACUGAUGGUCCUGCUGGUUUUUACACAGCUGAAAAGAUGCUGAAAGCACAUGAAGGAGCAGAAGUUGACAUCAUUGAUAGAUUGCCAACACCAUUUGGAUUAGUCCGAUCAGGGGUAGCACCUGAUCACCCUGAAACAAAGAUUGUCAUCAACCAAUUUUCACGAGUUGCACAUAAUGAAAGAUGCUCAUUUUUUGGAAACGUGUCUCUUGGAUCCUCCAUUUCUCUAUCUGAGCUACGCCAAAUUUAUCAUGUGGUUGUGCUUGCUUAUGGUGCUGAAAGUGACAGAAUUCUUGGCAUUCCAGGAGAGGAAUUGAAAGGUGUACACUCUGCUAGAGAAUUUGUUUGGUGGUAUAAUGGGCACCCUGAUUUCAGUAAUAUGACACUUGACUUGAAGAACACAGACACAGCCAUUGUUCUGGGACAGGGUAAUGUGGCUCUUGAUGUUGCAAGGAUUCUUUUAAGGUCACCUACAGAGUUAUCUACAACUGAUAUUGCUAGCCAUGCUUUGGAUGCUCUUAGGGAGAGUUCCAUAAGGAAAGUUUAUCUUGUUGGCAGACGUGGGCCCACACAAGCAGCUUGUACUGCAAAAGAGCUACGAGAAAUUCUUGCCAUCAAAGAUUUGCACAUUAACAUCAAGGAAGCUGAUCUUGUAAAAACCUCUGCAGACGAGGAAGAAAUGAAGAACAACCGUAUAAGGAAAAGAGUCUUUGAGUUGUUAUCCAACAUCAUCCACAUCUGGUCAAACUUCAGAAAUGGCUAUGUUGGUGGUGUGCACUUUGAGAAGACAACAUUAAAAGGAAAUGGUGACUCUGGAUAUCAGAUUGCAACAGGGACAGGGGAAUAUGAGGAUAUAAAAUGCGGAUUGGUACUUAAGAGCAUAGGCUACAAAUCCAUACCAGUUGAUGGUUUACCUUUUGACCAUUCCAAAGGUGUGGUUCCAAAUAUUAAAGGGCGAGUUAUAUCUAGUUAUGAUGUUUCUGAAGCUGAAAAUGGUUUGUAUGUAAGUGGGUGGUUAAAAAGAGGUCCAACAGGAAUAAUUGCUACAAAUCUUUAUGAUGCAGAAGAAACUGUGGCAAGCAUCUAUGAAGACGUAUCUAAAAUAGAGCUAACAUCAAGAAAGCCAGGGAGAGAGGGGCUUCUUCAAUUACUUGAAAGUAAGAAAAUUAAAUUCUUUACGUUUGAUGAUUGGAAAAAGAUAGAUUUUGAGGAGAAGAGAGUUGGGAGUUUAAAAGGGAAACCAAGAGAAAAGUUAACCACAUGGAAAGAUUUACUACAAGUAAAGUAACCACAAAAUGAAAAGCAAAAAAAGUUUUUUUUUCAUAGGUAUUUUGUUAAAUUCAUUGUUUCAUAAAGGAAAUGGCAUGUGGGCUUUUUUCAUGGGGUUUGAUUUAUGAGUUUUAUUAUGACCCUUACAUAAAAUAUGGUGAUUGCUGUUGUGUUCCUUAACAUUAUGAUAUUCUAAUUUCUAUUAGUGGGGAUUAUUAUGUGUUUAAGUUGUUUUGAC